AUGAAUGAGGAAUCGGAUUAUGAUCGUAUAGUAGAGCUGACGGGGCAGAAGGAGGCUCUGGAGAGACAUUAUGCUGUGCUCAAGGAUGAGUUGACAAAGGCAGAGAGCUCGCUGCGCGCCGCAAACGACGAGCUCAAGAGAAGUACAGAUGCGUUGGACAUUGAAAAGGACAAAUCCAGAGGCCUCCAUACGCUCAUCAAGAAGCUCGAAAAGGACAUUGAUCACGAAAAAGCCGCCACCAAAGACGCCGAGGAACGCGUAGAGGAACUCUACACCGAUCUCAACCAGUCGCGCUUCGCCCAUCGCUCUGCCCUCCUCGACCGCGAUGAGGCGCUCGCCGACCACCGGGACUUGAAGCUCCAACUCGAGGAUCUGAAGGAACAAUGGCAAGAGUCGGAGGAGAGGAUUGCGGCCCUGGAGGCUGAGCUGGAAGAGGCCCAAAAGGCUGUCGACCAUGCCCAAGACAUAGAGCACGACAUAAGCGCACUGCGCGAGCAGAUUGGCGAACAAGAGCGCACCAUCAUAGUCAAGGAUGAGCGAAUCAGCCACCUUGAAAUGCAGGUGCAGAAGGAGAGACAGCGCAGCUAUAACGCUGCCGACGCGAUUGCCAGAGAAAACGCCGCCUCUCCCGUCGACGAGGACCAGCACAUUGGCGCUAUUGGCGACUCACUAGCUUCUGAGCUUUCGGCCAUCGACGACGCAGAGUUUUACGAAAUUGAAUGGAACGACUACUCACACAUCCAAGAGACGCCUCUGACUUAUGAGCCAAUUGCGCCUGCCGUCCAGCCGCCUUCAGCCAUUCAUACCCGGGAGUCUAUUAGCAUCUCGCCGGUUGCUGCCCAUGUACCCCGACUUACACUCGACGUGCGCGAAGCCGGUCGCCUGGAGCCUCGCGAACCCGCUCUGGAUGCACCUUUUACUAUCAGCGUUAAUGAGGGUGCCAGCACAGAGCCCGUUACUACGGCAGUAUCUAAACACACGUUGAUUGUGCGUGAGACGGCAAGCACUGGGCCGAUUGAGCCCGCUCGCACUCCUCUGUCGAGCAUGUACACGAGCGAAAUUGCCAGCUUUGUACCCCGGGGGCCUGCCCGCGUUGCGCCGAGCAGCUUGAACCAGCACGAAAUUGUCAGUAUUGCACCACAAGAACCUGGAGUCGCGACAUUAACGGUGAGUGUGAGGGAAGCCGGCAGCACGAUCCCGACAGUGCGCCUCCACUCCACCGCGGACUGCUCGGCCCAGACCGACGUCGCCCGACUCACAAGCGAAUUCGCUGGCUACGCGUCUGUUAGCACGACUCCGAGCACACCUGUCCGGGUCGGAACGGCUGAAUCUCCUACUCAAACGGAUUCGCCAGUGCUUCGAGACGAGCUCGUCGAUUACGCGACUGUCAGCACAAUUCCGAUUGCAGCCGUUGAAGCCGUCGCUGCUGAACAAGUCGCAUCGACGCUUUCUGGCCCUCAUCCUGUUCUGGACAUCGCUCCUGUUGCACCUACGGUGGUCGAGCGCAAAUUCACCGCCUCCGUCACCAAAGGGACCCAGACCGUUCCCGAGAGCGCGACGGCAGGCUCGCCCAACGAGUUUGUCUCUGUUGUGACGACACACGAGGUGCAGCCUGAAGGAAUUGUUGUACGAGUCAAGCCUAAAGUUGUCAUGCUCAGCAUGGGGGUACAGACGAUGGAGGAAAGAGCUAGUGUUAUGGAUGACCAGGAAGCAAUGGAGCCACGUGCUGCACAGCCCAUUCCUGCAACGGUACCCAAGACGACGUUGGAAGCCGUCAUGGACUGGGCGCCUAUCUUGCUCAACCUCGCCUUGGCAGUCUUCUGCCUCUAUCUGUACAUGCGACUCAACGUGUGGCAACGCGCCAAUGGCGUAGGAUUUGGCGGUGGGCGCGGCAACAGCGCUAUGCGCAGCGGUGCAUACGGCAAUGGACGAUACCUGUUUGGUAUUUUCCCCGUGGGCAUGAAUGAGGGCGAGUCGUGGUGGAGCGAGAAGAUUGCGCGGCACACGUCGUCUGCUGUGUCGCGGUUUGAGGACUGGGCCGGAUUCGCGCACGAACCGCUUUAUUGA